GAGGGUGCACGUGCUGGUAACCUCUCCCCUCAAAUACUUCAUUAUGAGAUGGAAACAAAGUCAUAUCAGGAAUAUUUAACUGGAUAACAGCCGCUCUCCUGGUCGAUCUACUACUUCUACGUAGGACUGCAAUCUGGAAAAAAAAUCCCGUCAGCUGAGGAUCUUGGCUGAAGUUGCAUGUGCAGCUAACUUUUCCUUGAAACAAUUCAUAAGCUCGAGAAAGAGAACUCACCCGGAAUGUUAAUCUGCUUAACAGUUGCUGACAUCUUACAGCAUUACUUGAAUCCAGUACAUGCCAACAAUUAAUAUAUACAUCAGCUGAAGAUAACAACUUAAUAUGCAUGUGGAAACUCAGCCGCCAGCCUUACAGUUCCUCAAGACGCGAACAAUCAGUGCAUAUUGGAAUAAUGUUAUAUUCAAUAUAUGAUAGGUUACAGGGUUGUUUGCGAACCUCUGGUUGGUUGGAUGGAGGCGGGGCCGAAAAGUGGGUGGGAGGGUGGCCCAAUAGUAGAUACUCAGAUCACUUUCACAAGUGCCUUAUUACGGUUGAGAAACAAUGUGAUCGAAUUACAUUUACUAAAUGCAAUACUCUCGACUAUUAUCAAGGUUUGUAGCUUUAUUGGAAGUAGUAGGCCUACUUUUUGCUCGUAGAUUUCAAUUUAUAAUUUGACAUUCUUAGAACUAUUUUAGAACUAAAUACCACGGCUAAUUUAGGCCCAAAUUUUCAGCCCAGGGACCGAUUCUCAACUGAAGAGUGCGCUGGUUGAACUCACUGGGAUGAUGGGGUUAAACACUUUUAGGAGAAAAAAAUCAAUGUGUUUUUCUCUGUGGGAAUAGUUUCGCAGCAAUAUGACCUCUAAAAAGACAACUAGGCCUAUUGUUGUUUAGCGCUAGAGCUCGAAAUCUGCACUGGUGAAUGAGUACACAACAAAGGAAGUGCCCUGCCACUAUAUUCCACCGAUUGUUGCAACGAAGCCUGCAUGUUUCAAGGAUAGGCCCCGCUUGCCGCUGGGUUCGUGUACAUACUCGACCGUACGCUAAUUUUAGUGUGCCUAGUACACACUGAAGGAGUGUACAGUUGCUUGCGGCAGGCAGGUGUAGGAGUCAUGCCCAUGUAGACGGAUUGCCCACAUUACCGUUGGAUGACACAGCUUCAGUGUUUGACACUUGUGAUUCGUAUCUCUGAUCAUGUCAACACGUGCGGUUCCGGCCUUUGAUGUCUCGGCGGCGAUGCUUCCAUCAGACACCGUUGCGGUUAUUACCGGCUCAGCCGAUGGUCUGGGCAAGGCAUUUGCGAAGGCGUUGCUUCAAAAAAGUGCCAAGGGUGUGUGCCUUUCGGACGUGAACGAGGAAAGGGGAAAGAUAACUCUUCAAGAAUUUGUGAAGGAGUUCGGCGAAGAUCGGGUCACGUUUAUGAAAUGUGACGUCACGGUACCUGCAGAUAUAGAAGCGGUUUUUGUAAAGGCCAAGGCGCGAUUCGGACCCGUGAACCUGAUGGUGAAUAACGCAGGAAUCCUCAACGAGACCAAACCUGACCUGUGCAUCGACGUCAAUGUUAAAGGAACAACCAAUGGGACUUUUACUGCUAUAAAAUUCAUGGGGUCUGAAAGUGGGGGAGAAGGAGGCAAGAUUAUCAACAUCUCUUCCCUGGCUGGUGUGGGACCUGCCCCGUUUAUGCCAGUCUACGCAACGACAAAGCACGCUAUCGUCGGCCUGACCAAAUCCUUGGCGGCUGACACACGCCUUCGAGAUCAGGGCAUAACGUUUGGCGUCUUGUGUUCUGCCUUCGCCAAAACAAGUCUUAUUGACAAUCCAGCAUUCAGGCACCCAGAAGAGGAUCUGCGCAUGGCACAUGCAGUCAUGGCCAAGCAAGGAGUGUUAGAGAUAUCUGAGGUAACCGAUGCAUUCUUACGGCUAGUCUUAGACGAAUCGCUCUCAGGUAAAGUGGUGAUUCUCACCAAGGCUGCAGGCUUAUCUGUGGCUUAAUUGCAUAAGAACGAGGUUGCCGAAAACGACCUGAAGAGUGAAAGGCUGUGUUCUCUUGUUCACAACAGUCUCGUGUUGUAAGAGGGAUUCGUCGAAUGAGACUAUCUACAUCGUUUGUAAUUGGAAAAAGAACUAUUUACAGUCAAUAUAUUGCGUUCUUUAUAUUUCAUUAUUAUAGACAUGUGAUUUUGUAAUUAACCGGAGGGAAAAGAUAGUUGUGAUAUUUAGUAAAUAUAUUUUAGUAAGCAUUACAUUGAUAGUUGAUGAAGUGAUCGCUUAUGAUCAUGGAACAUUGUAUAUAGUUAGGCUUAGCGGUCAUAUUCUUGCUUCUCAUGGUUACCCUUAAAGGAAACAUAUUUCCCUCUACAGUUCUACAUGAUAACUUGCCUAAAAGAAUCUUUUCACAGGGAGUUUACUCCCUUAACCAUCCUUGAGCCAAUAUAUAUGCUUUCGACAAAAUGCCUAAUUUCUUCAUUUUUUUUAUUUAAUUUUAUUUUAUGUUUUGCUGUUAUUUUAUCUUUAUUAUUGUUUUUUGAUAACUGCAAGUGAUGGACUGAACCUUUUGAAUAUCUUACCCAGACAAUCUGAUUAGUGUAGCAAUAAAUCUUACGCAUAAAGCUGUUGAUGAAUACUGACCUCUACCAGGUAUCCAAUUAAAUAUGAAUGGUACGUACUUAUCAGGUAAUAUUCAUUAGUUUGGGCAUUUUACUUCUGUUAUUGGCUCAUAAUUCUACAGCACAUAAUCCUCACAAUGUUUCCCUCUGAAAAUAGAGGGUUAGGCCAAAGGUGUCUUUAACACCUCAUUCGCAAGGAAUUAUUUUGAUAAUGUUCCCUGAAUCUGUCUUAUUCAAUGUAAUCUGUCAACUGGUUGGUCAGCCUAUUUUGUGCUCUGUGUGAUAAAUCACAAAUUUUUAAUUAUUCAUCAACGUACAUAAAAUUUAUCUUUAAGGAACUGUUUUUCAUUGCUUACAUCUUUAUUCUUAGGUUCCCAAAAAUAAAAAAGUGAACUUCGCUUUGAACUCAA